AGGAGCUCCGUAUGCUACCUUGAUGACCUCCGCGGCUUUGUUUUCACAACAUACCAGACUUGGCCGAAUAGGAAGUGAACCGACUUCACUUCGGAGCAACUUCUGAUAUCUUUUUGUCCCUCUCAACCAUUUCCUUCGUCGUUGUUCGCCUCUGGGAAUCUGCUGCCGACGGUUUCAGGAUGGUGAAAGUGUCGUUCAAUACCGCUUUGGCUCAGAAAGACGUGAAGAAAGAUGCUGAAACUCUGAUCCCCGAGGACGAAACGGAUGCCGAGGCAGCUCUGGUGGUCCGUCGCCAAUCUCAAACCUGGUGCUGGUGCAUGUGUCUGGGGCUGGCCCUCAUGCUGUCCGUGGUGGUGGUGGCAGGAGCCUACCUCUACCGCUACUACAUCCUGGAGCCGGAAGACGAGGUCUUCUUCUGUGGUGUGAAUUACCACGAGGAGGACUACAUGGUCCCUGAUGAGGAGGCGGAGAUGCCAAACAGGAACUUCCAGCGACUGCUGGAAGAGAAGAUCAGGGUGCUGGAGCGGGAGCAGGUGGAGUUCAUCAAUGUGCCCGUGCCAGACUUCGAAGACGGAGACCCCGCUGAUAUCGUCCACGACUUUCAGAGGAGGCUGACCGCUUACCUGGAUCUGAACCUGAACAAAUGCUACGUCAUCCCACUCAACACCUCCAUCGUCAUGCCUCCCAGAGAUCUUUUGGAUCUGCUCAUCAAAGUCAAGGCUGGCUCCUACCUCCCCCAGUCGUACCUGAUCCACGAGGAGAUGAUGGUGACGGAGCGUCUUGAGAACGUCGACCAGCUUGGGUACUUCAUCUACAACCUCUGCCACAACAAAGAAACCUUCAAGCUGCAGCGCAGAGACACAAUUCUGGGUAUGCAGAAGCGCGAAGCUCUCAACUGCCACAAGAUUCGUCACUUCGAGAACAAGUUUGUGGUGGAAACUUUGAUCUGCGAGCCUUGAGACGCCUCGACCGAAGCUCUUAAAGUCGCAGGCGCCGGGCGAGAUCGUGUUCUUCAUCGUCACCUAUCUGUUUUUCUGUUCUGCAAUAAAGAGUUUUGAGCAAGAGAGAGGAGUGAAAUGUGAAGCUGUGUGGUAAAUAUCUACUGAAUGUUAAUUAAAGUAAAAGCUUAUUAUU